ACGGGCUGCUUCCGGCGCGGCGGUUCCGGCUCGGCUGGGUAAUUUUAGGAAAUGGUUUGGGUGUUCUCGGAAGGAGCGAUUUAUACGGUUCUUCUGGCUCUGUUCCCGCAGCCUCCGCGCCGCCAGCCUCUUCUGCUUCCGGUCCCGCCAGACACCCCCAGGCUCCUUAAACAGCUUGAUCCUUGAAGUUCCUCUGUGUCCCCCGCCCCUCUACAGCCUGUGUCUUCUGGGCCCCGUUAGCCCUUCUACCCCCCUCCCCAGAGGCCAAUUGUGCGGACGGUGGAACAACCUGACUUAACUGACUGACUGAAGGUCCAGUGACCGUUCUGAUCUGGCUGUUUUGGGGGGGAGUGCGGUUCGAGAGGUGGCCUGGCCUGGGACUGACCAGGUAGGGUCUUCCCCAGAAGUCAGACAUGGCACUGACUAGCCUCAGGGCAGUACCUUCUGACUGCCUGGCCAGAGUGGUGGAACUUGCCUAUGAGACUGACUAACGGUGGACUGCCUUGGAAUGGCUCACCAAGGCUGACCAGUCCAGGCCUAAGCAGUUUUGGAGGAACCACCAGGGGUGAAGGGUCCGAACUGACAGGACCCUGCCUCCAGCCUGACCAGGCCUGCCCACUUCACUGACCUGUCCCCACCACCUGUGAAGCCAUGGAGAAGAUGUCUCGCGUGACUACAGCCCUGGGUGGCAGCGCACUGACGGGCCGCACCAUGCACUGCCACCUGGAUGCACCAGCCAAUGCCAUCAGUGUGUGCCGUGAUGCAGCCCAGGUAGUGGUGGCCGGUCGCAGCAUCUUCAAGAUCUAUGCCAUCGAGGAGGAGCAGUUUGUGGAGAAGCUGAACCUGCGUGUGGGCCGCAAGCCCUCACUCAACCUGAGCUGUGCAGAUGUUGUCUGGCACCAGAUGGAUGAGAACCUGCUGGCCACAGCUGCCACCAAUGGUGUGGUGGUCACCUGGAACUUGGGCCGGCCGUCCCGCAACAAGCAGGACCAGCUGUUUACUGAGCACAAGCGCACAGUGAACAAAGUCUGCUUCCAUCCCACCGAGGCCCAUGUGCUUCUCAGUGGCUCCCAGGAUGGCUUCAUGAAGUGCUUUGAUCUUCGCAGGAAGGACUCUGUCAGCACUUUCUCUGGCCAGUCUGAGAGUGUGCGUGACGUCCAGUUCAGCAUCCGGGACUACUUCACCUUCGCCUCCACCUUUGAGAACGGCAACGUGCAGCUCUGGGACAUUCGGCGGCCGGACCGCUGUGAGAGAAUGUUCACAGCCCACAAUGGGCCUGUCUUCUGCUGCGACUGGCACCCAGAGGACAGGGGCUGGCUGGCCACAGGUGGGCGUGACAAGAUGGUCAAGGUCUGGGACAUGACUACACACCGAGCUAAGGAGGUGCAUUGUGUGCAAACCAUUGCAUCUGUGGCCAGAGUCAAGUGGCGACCUGAGUGCCGCCACCACCUAGCCACGUGCUCCAUGAUGGUGGACCACAACAUCUACGUGUGGGAUGUGCGCCGACCCUUUGUGCCAGCCGCCAUGUUUGAGGAACACCGCGACGUCACAACAGGCAUCGCCUGGCGCCACCCACAUGACCCCUCCUUCCUGCUCUCCGGCUCCAAGGACAGCACCCUGUGCCAGCACCUGUUCCGUGAUGCCAGUCAGCCCGUUGAGCGCGCCAACCCUGAGGGUCUCUGCUACGGUCUCUUUGGGGAUCUGGCCUUUGCAGCCAAGGAGAGCCUAGUGGCAACUGAAUCGGGGCGCAAACCCUACACCGGGGAUCGGCGCCACCCAAUCUUUUUCAAGCGCAAGCUGGAUCCAGCUGAGCCCUUUGCAGGCCUUGCCUCCAGUGCCCUCAGUGUCUUUGAAAUGGAGCCUGGCACUGGUAGCAUGAGCUGGUUUGUGGACACGGCUGAACGUUAUGCCCUGGCUGGCCGGCCACUGGCUGAACUCUGUGACCACAAUGCAAAAGUGGCUCGAGAGCUUGGCCGCAACCAGGUGGCGCAGACGUGGACCAUGCUACGAAUCAUCUACUGUAGCCCUGGCCUAGUGCCUGCCACCAACCUCAACCACAGUGUGGGCAAGGGCAGCUCCUGCGGCCUGCCACUCAUGAACAGUUUCAACUUGAAGGAUAUGGCCCCAGGGCUGGGCAGUGAGACGCGGCUGGACCGCAGCAAGGGUGACACACGGAGUGACACAGUGCUGCUGGACUCCUCUGCCACGCUCAUCACCAAUGAAGAUAACGAGGAGACCGAGGGCAGCGAUGUGCCUGCGGAUUAUCUGCUGGGCGAUGUGGAGGGUGAGGAGGAUGAGCUGUACCUCCUGGACCCAGAGCAUGCACACUCCGAGGAGCCAGAGUACGUGCUGCCCCAGGAGGCCUUCCCGCUGCGCCACGAGAUUGUGGACACCCCGCCCGGGCCUGAGCACCUGCAGGACAAGGCUGACUCGCCCCACGUGAGCGGCAGUGAGGCAGACGCAGCCUCCCUGGUGCCUAUGGACUCCUCAUUCUCACUCAUCUCUGUCUCACACGCACUGUACGACAGCCGCCUACCGCCUGACUUCUUCAGCGCCCUGGUGUGUGACAUGCUGCGCUUCUAUGCCGAGCAGGGUGACGUGCAGAUGGCCGUAUCCGUGCUCAUCGUGCUGGGUGAACGUGUGCGCAAGGACAUCGACGAGCAGACCCAGGAGCACUGGUACACGUCCUACAUCGACCUGCUGCAGCGCUUCUGCCUCUGGAACGUGUCCAACCAGGUGGUCAAGCUCAGCACCAGCCGCGCCAUCAGCUGCCUCAACCAGGCCUCCACCACCCUGCACGUCAACUGCAGUCACUGCAAGCGGCCCAUGAGCAGCCGGGGCUGGGUCUGCGACAGGUGCCACCGCUGCGCCAGCAUGUGCGCCGUCUGCCACCACGUGGUCAAGGGUCUCUUCGUGUGGUGCCAGGGCUGCAGUCAUGGCGGCCACCUGCAGCACAUCAUGAAGUGGCUGGAGGGCAGCUCCCACUGCCCUGCCGGCUGUGGCCACCUGUGCGAGUACUCCUGACCAGCCUGCCGGACCCGGAGGGGGGGUGGGGCUUAUGAACCAAAUAAAGGAAGCAGGAGCCGCAGUC